CUUUAGCACUGAUCGCUACUAAGCGUGGCGCAGCCUAUUAUCAGCGUGUAGUAAAGGCCGAUUACUGUAGCGAAAUUACAUUACCUGAAACAGAACCGCUUCAGUUGUCUGGAAAGUGCUUUGAUAGAGGGGCAUUAUUAGAGCCUAAAAAGUAAUACACAUCUUGGAGUAUCUAUCUGGUCGUGACCAGCGGUGGUGUGUAAGCACCAACCAUGCUUCCAUCACUGUUGAGGUCACUGCGGCUGCUGAGUGUUGGUCAGCGGGUGCCGGCUGCUGCCCAGGUGCGCCUCAUCAGCAAGGACGUGCGCGUGCCCAAGCCGGGCGUCGGCAUCCAGUACCAGUACCGGGUGAAGCUACCUGAAAAGUACACCAUCCGCCGGCUGCCCAUCCAGAAGCUGGCCGGCCGCGACCCGGCUACCGGCCGCGUGGUGGUGGGCACGGUGGGCGGCGGCAGCAAGCGGAAGUACCGCUGGGUGGACGUGCGCCGGCCGCCGCUCGAGGACGGCUCGCCCCGCCAGGAGCGCGUGCUCCAGACCCUGUACGACCCGCUGCGCACGUGCACCAUCGCGCUCGUGGCGCACGGCGAGCACAUCCGAUACGUCAUCGCUCACGAGGGCAUGCGCGCUGGUGACAUCAUCACCACCUACGGCGACAUUCCUCGGAUCCCGGUACGGCCGCGGAUCGGCGACGCCCACCCUCUCGGCGCGCUGCCGGCCGGCACAGAGGUGUUCAACGUGGAAAAAUACCUCGGCGAAGAGGAUAGGAUGUGUGUUGCCGGCGGCACGUUCUGCACGGUGCUGCGCCGGGUCGGUGAUCGGGUGUUGCUGCAGAUGCCGUCCAAACGGCAGUUCUCGCUGCGCCAGGAGUGCACGGCCGUUGUUGGUCGGGUGAGCAUGCGCACACCCAGCAUCCGGCCGAUCGGCUCGGCCCAGCGGCUGCGCCACCUGGGCUACCGGCCGCGCUCCGGCCUCUGGCAGCGCAAGACGGGCCGCUUCGGGCGCAAGGUGCGCCGUCCGCCGCCGCUGCGCGAGCUGGACGCGCCGCCGCCGCCGCCGGCCGAGGUGCAGCGGCUCACUCUGCACGACGUGCACGUGCACAACUCGGAGGACACGGCGAAACUGUUCAGGCCGCUCCGGGGCAUGACCAACUAGCGCCGUCUUGU